AGGGCUGGGAGGGGGCUUAUUGCCACCGUCAGAUGGGGGCAGAGCUUUUCUUGAGGCUGCUGCUUGCGUGGCUUUCCCUCCCUGGGAGUUCUUUUUGUCCUUGCUCCCCCUCCGGGCCAAUGGUCUCGUCCAGCCCCAAUGUGUAGCUGCCUGGAGGAGCAGAGGCUCUCUCAGUCUCCUUGGGACACAGAGCAGAGUGGAGCCUUGCUGCAUGGCUUGAGGUAGAAGAUGGCUAUGGCAGAAGCCAUCUCUUCUGUCUAAGGAAGUGAAGAGCCCACUGAAGAAUCUUGAAGAUCUGUGCAUUUCAAAGGUACUAGAGUUUUUACAGAAGGCUAGAGGAAAUAUCUUAUAUACACUCUGUGAUUGGAUUUCACUUUGAAAAUGCUUGAGAGUGAAGAGUUUGGAGCCAGAUGGGAGUUGGUGCUGCUUUCUUCUUGGAAAAUGUGCUGAAUCAGAAACUGUGCCUAAUAUGGCUGAUUGUGACCUUUACCUCUACUGGAAUGGACCCCAAUGUAUGACUUUGUUACCAUGGUGAUGAUCCUAACUACAACUCUGGAAAACAAAGGUGCUGAUUCUCUGUCGUGCAGGACUGAGCUGCACACACCAAAGAAGAUGAGUCAAGGACCCACUCUCUUCUCUUGUGGAAUUAUGGAAAAUGACAGAUGGAGAGACCUCAGCAGGAAAUGUCCCCUUCAGAUCGAGCAGCCAGGCACCAACAUUUGGGACUGUUUGCCUGACAAAAGCAAAGAAAGCUGUAUAUGGCAGAGAGAGACAGCUACCACAUGCUCAGUGACCAACUUGAUCAAAGAUCUCAGUCUCAGCGACCACAGUGGAAACCCCUCUGCACCUCCCAGCAAACGUCAGUGUCGGUCACUGUCUUUUUCUGAUGAGAUGUCUAGCUGCAGGGCUUCAUGGAGGCCUAUAGGAUCAAAGGUCUGGACUCCUGUAGAAAAGAGGCGGUGUUAUAGCGGGGGAAGUGUCCAGCGCUACUCCAAUGGAUUCACAACCAUGCAAAGGAGUUCAAGCUUUAGCCUUCCUUCCAGGUCAAACCCUCUUUUCUCAUCUUGUGACCAGUCGGGAUUCAGCAACAGAUUUGGAUGUCAGCCAUGCCAGGGAAUGAGACAGUCGGCCACUUAUGGACAAGCAAGCGAUAUCUGGGGCAGUGAUCACAGUUCCAUAGAAAGUGGCAGGACUGACAUCCAGCGAUCGCUCUCCUGUUCCCACGAUCAGAUUUCCUUUUCGGAAUAUUGUCUGCCCUCAGCAAACAGCACACCUGCCUCAACCCCAGAGUUGACAAGGCGUUCCAAUGGGCUUUCCAGGAGCCGUUCUCAGCCAUGUGUCCUUAAUGAUAAGAAAGUGGGGGUUAAACGACGGCGACCUGAAGAGGUAAAGGAACAGAGACCUUCCCUGGACCUUGCCAAGAUGACCCAGAAUUGUCAAACUUUCAACAGCCUUAGCUGCCUUAGCACCACAACUGAUGACUGCUCUCAGCAAAAUCAGUUUUCACCUAGCCUCAGCAGCACGAAGGGAUGGAUAACAACUUUGGACAUCAUGCCAGGCAGGACACCAGCCUGCACCCCUGUGCCAGAGCCACAUUCACAUGCAGAAGAAUGUAAAACUCGCAAAGAGGAGGAGUUCUCCUAUGAGGAGUCGGAGUUUUGUCCCACAGAAGAUGAAAGUAGCAGGAAGGAAGAAGAAAACCCCUCAUGGAGGAACAGUGGGGCAGGAGGGGAUAAUGUCUUUCAACUGGAUGGUGAAUUAGAUAUUGAGCAAAUAGAAAACAACUGAAAAUGCAAAAGGGAUAUGCCUGUCUGCAUCAAGGCUUUCAGGAGUGGUAAAAAUCCCACAGAUGUUUCAUGCAGAUGGAGGAGAGAUUCCACAUCCUCCUUCUCCUUGGCAGGUGGGAGGGAACAAGGAAGCUUUGCCAAAAUUUCAUCAGGUAUCUUGUUAAACCUUGAAACUCUUUAGAACUACUGUAGCCCAUGAGGUUUUGUAAAGAAGCUUUAGAGAAAACCUCCAAAUUAACAUCAGCACAUUAAAAAAAAGCUUUGUGGAUGUAUCAAAAACUUGAAAUGGUCAUACUUUAGAAUAAUGCCAAUUUUUUUUUUAAGAUGUGCUUGAAAUAGGGCUUAAGUGAAAAAGAAAGGAAAGACCAGGAAGUCUGUUGCUGGUCUUCAUUCACAAAGUAGGUAGCAUGCCGUCUAGAGAGGCAGCUGGUCCAUCCUCUGUCUGAUGGCAAUCCUAAUCCACUCACUUUUGGAAAGAGUGGACUAUAUUUUGUUGUUGUUGUUGUUGUUAAUGUUGUUGUUGUUGGCUGAUUUUGAGUCUAAACUGCACCUCAGCAAUCCUUAUCAAAGGGGGAGAAAGGUGGAGCUUAGUGUUUUUCUUUGAAUUCAUAUUCCAUUGGAAUAACUUUCAGAUUGCGUAUCUGAUUUCUCACAAAUCAUACUUCUAGUCCUUUGCUACCAAAAUCAAGCUUCUCAGAUGCAGCGUAGAUUGUUCUGGUCUGCAACCUCCAUUUAUAAAAUCAUUAUUAUUUCUGUGAUCAUCAAUAAUGCCAUGAAAAGAAGCACAAUAUGUUUUCCCUGAUCCAGCCAAAGACCUGUGACUACAUGCAGGAUUCCAUGCUUGAAGCUGAAUCAGAUGUAAAUGUGCUUUUUGGAUGCAUAUUUUCCUCAGUGCUUACCUGGUCCAGUUUGGAUAGACUGGAUAUAUAUUUUUGUGGCAGACAAGGAUGCAUAAUCCUGUUUCACUGCCAGUAGUUCUCCUGUGUAAUUUACAUGCAGCUAAACCUGGAGUGACACCAUUGUCUUGUGAAGAGAAUCAGCCAAAAUAUUUGUGCAUGCAGAAAUUUAAAUGAAUUGCAUAAAUAACUUAGGCAAAACUGGCAUUUGGGUGACAUAGUGUGAGGCAGAGUAUAUAUGGAUAUUUUGAGAUUAGUGCUUGGUAACAAAAAGAAAUCUAAUACUUUUGCCUCAUCCCCAUCCCACCAAAGUGAUUAACUGCAUUUUGUAUACCUGGUUUCCACAAUCACAGUUGGCAUCUAAGAGGGAUGGUCAGCAGAAAAAAAAACUGAAGUAGCACCUUGUUUUUGCUCAUUCACAGUUCCAAGGACCACAAAGAAACAACAAUAAUAUAUUACACUUCAGAUGUAUUAUUGAUGCUAUACUCCAUAAUCACCACUUGCAGAAUGUAGAAAUACAUGAUGUCCUAAAAGCAAAAAAAGCAAUAAGUUGUAUUUCUCCAUAUAGAGACCUGCAAAUUCAGUAAGUGAAUGAAAUCUAUUUUUGCAGGUAUCUACAAAAGAGAAAGGAACAGAGAUUAGAGUUUCACCUCCCAACUACUGGAGAUUCCACUCAGCGCCCCCCCCCCCCCCCCGGCCAUCCUCUUUUGCAUUUCCUCUUUAGCAGUCAAACUGGUUUACUUUUAUUUCCAAGUGUCAAAAUAUGGAUCAGACUAGAGUUGCAAGCCAUAAUCAAGCUGUACUUUGUCGUUAUGAUUGGGCUGGUUUGCAGGUUUUUAUGGAAGAGAAAAUCUGUGUUUUCUGCAGAAAUGACUUUAUGAAAUUGGAGCAGAGGAAGGGAGCAAAGAGUUCUAAGGCCUGAGACUUGAUAUUAUUUAUAAACUGAGCCAUUAUGGCAUUUCAUUUACAAUCACAGGAUCGUAACUUUAAGCAAGUUUGCAAGCUGUACUUAUCUUAAGCAGCUUAACAUGUAAAUGAUUACAAAUAAUGCAAGGAAAGGCUCUAACUUUUAUUUGGCCACUCUUAACUGUGUAAAAUAACACAACAUCUGGCAUCCUGUUCAGUAAUUACAGUGUUGUAAUUAUGGCAUCAUAAUUAUUCCAGUUCAUGUUCAUAGUCAUUGCACAACCUUUGAUGUCUUACAGCCAUCUUAGUGUAGCCAUUUCCAGGGUGCUAGAGAGCGGGGCAGUGAGUAAUGGCAUUUGCAUUUCUUUUCUGGUCAUUGGGCAUGGUGAGAUAAAACAACUGGGACAAGAUGCCAACAGGACUCUAGAAGGAUUUCUAUAACUGUCUGUCCCAGUGUGUUCCACAGUUGGAAGUGGGCUGGUUACAUCUCACCACCCUGCUUUCUGGUGCUUCCAAAAAAGGUGUAUUGUGGGGGACAUGUGAAGCUUCAACGUUAUGAUUUUUCAGGGUAGCAUUGAGAGACAAGGUAGCUAUGUUUCUGUAGCUGUAUCUCCAUAGCUAUGUCUCCCAUGGAGGAUCUUGGACAACGUUUCUCAUUAGAUUGGUGGCAUAUGGAAUCUCUCAUAUUCCUAUGUGGUUUUCUUCUGCACCAGGAGAUAUAGGGAUGCAUCUCAGAAGGCCAACUCAGUGCUUAAAGCUGGAGUGGGGAACCAACAUACAGCCCUCAAGAUUACAUGAGAUUUCAACUCCCCUCAGCCAUAGCCACCAUAGCCAAUGGCCAUACAUUCCCCAUGCCUGAUUUAGACAAACAAGCAAUAAAUAUAUAGUGCCACUCAGGAUUCUUCUUGUUUUUGUUGUUAUAUGGAACACAUGGGAUAUGUUUCUUGCUGUGAUGAGGCCGAUACAAAAUGCAGUUUGAGAUGCUAAUGUUCAGGCAGCUGCACUCCAGCAUUUCCUUCCUUCCUUCUCUCUCUCUUUCUCUCAUUAAUAGUGGUGAACAAUAAGCAUAUACACUUUAGCACACAUAACUCAGUUAAAUAAGCUGUUCACUUACUACAUGGAAGUUUGUUUGUUUACUUACAAGUGGGUGGUUGGGAAACAAAAUAGAGAUGAUUUUUUAAAAACGACACCCUGUUUUUCUGCACUUUGUUUUCUACUGUGGUGUAUAUGCUUGUGGCAUCUAACACCCCAGUAGAUUCCAUCCAAGCUGUAGCUUUACAAAUGUCUAGUUCAACUGCACAGUUUUUGUUUGUUCUUUUACAUGUUGAUUUCUGCUAUUUCCUCCUUAGCUCAUACUCACAUAAUGUACAAGCCAAAAAUAUUAUAAUGAAAUAAUAAUAAUACAUUAGGGAGGAAUUGCUUUAAUUGUGAAUGUCCUGAGUUCUGCAUUUUGGUGCCACAAAGCAACACAUCUGCUGAAGACACCUGUAAACCUUGAUAUUUUCAUAGAGCUUUGUAUUCUUUCGGUGUUUGUUCUGUGAAUGUCAGGUUAACAUGAACUGCUGGUAGCUGGGAGCCUCCUUAAGCAUGAUUUGAGGCUGGCUCCCCCAAAUGAGCUAAAUUUCAGUUCAAUUGUGCCUGAAUUGGUUCUUUUUAGACUCAGUCUGAUAGCAUCAGGAAUAAGGCUUGGAAAGUAUCCCGCCUCCAUACCCCUUGUGAACCUUCUGGUUUCUCCCUUCCCCUUUACUCAGAGUCUACCAGCUGGUGGCAAUGAUGAAAUUGACCAGUUACACGUUAACAAUGGCAAUCUGAAUUUCUUGGUUUGAGUGCUCAGAUAUCAUGGGCAAAAAAAAUUACAGUGGCUAUUAAUUUAAACUGCAGGAUCCUGUGAACUAGCCUUAAAGUACCAAAAUGUGGACAGUAAAGUCUAUGAGAUUUACAGGUAUUGCCUGAACAUAGACUGGAUGUCCAGGAAUGUGCAAGGCACAGUUUCCUCCUGUGAGAAGUUGAUUAUGUGACAUUUUUUUAAAAUUCAAAAAUGGAGAGAAUUGUCUCUUUUGGAAAACCUCUGGGAGUAGCUGUUCAUUUUUAAGAGGUAGUCCCCCCCCCUGCAUUUUUUUAACAUCACAAAAUGCCAUUUUUCUCCAAAAACAAAAGAGGACUUAUGGAGUUGCAUGUUUGCUCAGAAUUUUGAGCAACCCAUGAAGUCUCCCCAAGGAACUCUGAGGACAAAAAUUGGCUCCUAGACUUGUGGUCAUUUCCUAGACUCGUGUUCAGUAUAUCAUUUCCAACCCCCAGUUUAAGGUUACACACAGGUUAUGUAGCAGAUCUUAUUUGACCCUUUCAUAUGCAGUGAAAGAACAUAUAUUUGAUACCUUUACAGGCUCUUCUGAAUCCUCAUACAGAAAUAAAGUGCAUUUUCCCUUCCUUUUCCCAACUAUUCCUUAAAAAUAACAGCAACACUGUCUAACUCUGUACCAUCAUUAUGUGGAAGUGCAUAAACUAUACUAUUAAGAUAGUUACAAAUAGUGGAUUGGAUUCAGACUAAGACUGAAAUCUUAUGUAUACUUAGCAUGGCAGUUACUGAAUUCAGAUGGGGCUUAUUUUUGAGUGAACAUGUAUAUGGUUAUGCUGGAUGUUAGCUUAAUUUAGGUCACACUGAAAUAAACAGGGUAAGCUGGUUGUGUUUUCAGUUCAAUGGAAAUUAAACUCAGCUAGUUUAGUAGGAUUCAACACAGUCUGUUUACCUUUCAUUUGUUGCAUGGCAAAACUUUCCCCAGCUUGGAUUGCUUAGAUUUCUCCAAAACGUUGUCUACUCUCUAGUAAAUCGACCUUUUCUUUAGCACAAUACAGUACUUUACAGUUGAAGUAACUAUUCCUAAUCUGAGGUACCCUUUCACACAACUCGUAUCAGUCUUUUCAGGCCUGAUUUGCAUAGAACUUGAUUUAUGGCAGCUCAGUUUGCCUUUAGUGCUACAGAGAUGGCAUUUUCCCUAUCUUGGACUUUGAAUUCAAAAGGGCUUUAAAACAAAAAGGGCUGCUACCUACAUCAAGCUAAAUUCACAGAGUAGGAAAGUGCCCCGAAAGGACCACUACCCAACUCUUCUAGCAGUAGAGUAGCAUUUACACAGCAGCAAACCCUCUUUGCCUUAGUAAAGAUGCUUCACUGAAUAAUGGCCUUACAGUGGACACAUCUGCAUAGACACAAUACUACGAUUCACCUAAGGUUAGGCCAAGGCGGUAUUUCAGUAGAUUGUACUGCUUUUGGUUUUCUAUGAAUUUAUGUACUGAACUGAGUUUUUUAAAAGCCUUACUUUUUUUAAAAAAAUAGAAAUAAAAUGUUGUGGAUUUAUGAGUGUGUGUGUGUGUGUGUGUGUGUGUGUGUGUGUGUGUCCCGUAUUCAGGGGACAUCCUCUUCAUUAUGACAUAGAAGAUAUAUUGCUCUCUUCAGAAAAUGCAAGAAGCUCAGCUGGAUUACAGAGAGCCCACAUCAACUGAACAGUGACUGGAUCCCUCUAAUAGGGAUCACUGGAUUCCUGUUGGAUUUAUCCAUUAUGAUGCAGAUCACUUGGUCUCCUUUCAGAUUCCUGCCAAGUUAAAAAGGCUGUUGCUGACAUUCUCUGUGGACAAAUACUUUUAUUUGCUAAGCAGUAAAAUCCAAACAACAGGGAGACAAGACCCAUGGCUUGUUUGGAGCAUGGAUCAAUCUGGACUGUGGACAUUUCAUGACAACAGCACUAAAUGUCAGCAAUCAAUUGGCCUUUCUAAGAAAAAGUUCAAAUGCAAGACAUCUGCAGGGUACUCCCUCUUUGUCUUAGCACUGGUGAACUUGCUUACAGGAAUUCUGUCAAGCAUCUGUAGUCAUAACUGCUCUUUGUAACAGUUCUCAUGAAGAGUUAAGAUAAUAUCAUCAGAAGGGAUAUAUUUCUGGGUUUGAUUGUAGUUUUUCAUAAGAUAGUCUAUCUUUGGCCAAUGACAUUGUGUUUCAAGUGCAUUUUGAGGUGAUCCUUAUUAAAUAGGACAGGAUGAUAUUUUUAGGUUUAUAGCUGUGUUUUCCAGCAUUCAUGUUUUCGAUGUUAAAGAACCAAUGAAUCAAAAGAUACUGAUUGGCCAAAAAGCCUUUGGGAAACCAUGAACUCUGGUAACAUUUAGUGUGUGGAUGUGGAUGUGUGCAUUUGCACAAGUGUGUGUGUGUGUGUGUUUCUCUCUGUGUCCCUGGUAAUUGCAAAGAUGCAAACAUAUUGACAAAGUCAGCUCUGUAGUUGGUGUUAAAUCUGUUCAAAAUUUGCUAUUACUGAAAACUGUUCCUUGACCUGAUUUUAAAAAAAAAAAAGACUGCUGAUUUGUACUCUCUCAAAUGACUUUAUUGCACUAUAGAGCAGCUCAGUCUCAGGAAUUUACUUGUUACUUUGACUGUGUAAAUAAAGCUUUCUGAUUCCAUAA